CGCCCCAUCAUUGGUGUCAGUGGGAGGAAUAGCGCCCCAUCAUUGGUAUCAGUGGCAGGAAUUGUACCCCAUCAUUGGUGUCAGUGGGAGGAAUUGCGCCCCAUCAUUGGUGUCAGUGGGAGGAAUAGCGCCCCAUCAUUGGUAUCAGUGGCAGGAAUUGAGCCCCACCAUUGUGUCAGUGGGAGGAAUAGUGCUCCAUCAUUGGUGUCAGUGGGAGGAAUAGCACCCCAUCAUUGGUGUCAGUGGGAGGAAUAG